UUAGUGGUUCAAUUCACAACUCUCAAACAGUCUCUCUAGCUAUGGAGAUAGAAAAGAGACUCAUGCAUGCUGUUCAGUACAAUGCCUAUGGUGGGGGACCCCAUGCCUUAAAGCAUGUUGAAGUUCCUAUACCCAGUCCAAGUAAAGAUGAGGUUUUGAUAAAACUGGAAGCAGCUAGUAUAAAUCCACUUGAUUGGAAAAUACAGAAAGGAAUUCUGUGGCCAAUUGCGCCUAUCAAAUUUCCAUAUAUACCAUGUAUGGAUGUAGCAGGAGAGGUCAUGGAGGUUGGUAAAGGUGUUACAAAGUUCAAAGUUGGUGACAAAGUUGUAGGCUUAAUGAGUCCCUUUAAUGGUGGAGGACUAGCUGAGUUUGCAGUUGUUAAGGAGAGUGUCACUGCCUCAAGACCACCAAAAAUCUCAGCAUCCGAAUUCGCCGGCUUACCUAUUGCCGGUAUAACAGCUCUCCAAGCACUUUCCCAAACAAUUGGAAUCAAACUCGACGGAAGCGGUGAACGGAAAAACAUUUUGAUCACUGCUGCAUCAGGUGGUGUAGGCCACUAUGCAGUUCAGUUAGCAAAACUGGGCAACACUCAUGUGACGGCCACCUGUGGCGCUCGAAACAUCGACUUCGUCAAAAGCUUAGGAGCUGAUGAGGUGAUUGAUUAUAAGACAUCAGAAGGUGCUGCAUUAAAGAGUCCUUCCGGUAAGAAAUAUGAUGCAGUGAUUCAUUGUGCAAAUGAGUUUCCAUGGUCAAUUUUUGAGGCUAAUUUAAGCAUGAACGGUAAGGUGGUAGACAUAAGUCCUACACCUAGUUCAGUGAUGAGUUUUGCUCUUAAGAAACUUACCUUCCCCAAGAAGGAACUUGUGCCAUUGUUUCUACUUCCAAAUGGUAGGGACCUUGAAUAUCUUGUUGAUUUGGUUAAGCAAGGAAAACUUAGAACAGUUAUUGACUCAAAAUAUCCGAUAACAAAAGCUGAAGAUGGUUGGGCUAAGAGUAUUGAUGGUCAUGCAACUGGAAAGAUCAUUUUUGAAUUCUAAAUAUGCAGUAUGGUGCUCUAUAAUAUAUGCAUACAUUAUAUGAAUAAGUAUUCUUAGAAUACUCUUUUGUGUAGAUGAAUAAGCAAGGAAAACUUAAAACAGUUAUUGACUCCAAAUAUCGUCUAAAAAAAGCUGAAGAUGGUUGGGCUAAGAGUAUUGAUGGUCAUGCAACUGGAAAGAUCAUUUUUGAGUUCUGAAUAUGCAGUACGGUGCUCUAUAAUAUAUGCAUACACUACAUUAUAUGAAUAAGUAUUCUUAGAAUACCCUUUUGUGUUGAUGUUUCCAAUUUUGUAUUUUUAGCAUCUUUGAUAUUUUUUGUUUUCAAUAAGACUUUAUUUUAAUAA